UGAACAUACCCCAUCAUACAUUGUUGACAUUUUAACACGUCAUAUACUAAUCAAGUAAAAAAAAUAAAAAAACUUUUUAGGAAAUUGUUUAAUAUUUAAUAAAAAUAAAGUUAAGAAUUAUACACCGCCAACAUGAGUAAAAUAGCCCAAGAAGAAGAUACCAACUCAACAUUGUUCUAUGCUCGCAAUGAGUAUUACAUUGGCAAUUUCAUGGGUUCUGUUAAUUUUGUAUUGCCAGAACAGGGCACAGCCGGAGCAGAAUUAUUGUCGUACAUGUAUUUAUCAUACUUGGCUAUUGAUUCGGGGCGUUUAAUAGCUAGUGAUAUUAAGGAUAACAAUAACACUGCUUUGUUGGCUUUACGCUACAUCAAUGAAGCCUUUGAACAACCCGACAAGAUUGAGGAAAUAUUGGAAAAACUUACCGAUAAAGUGGCUAUAGAGGAAGAUGACACCAAUAUCUGGCAUAUUGCCACCGCCAUAGUAUACUGCUAUGACCAACAAUUUGAAAAUGCUCUAAAGAUAUUGCAUGGCUCUACAAAUUUGGAGUCCAUGGCUUUAUCUGUACAAUGUUUAUUACGUCUAAGUCGUGUGGAUUUGGCUAAACAAUUGGUGGGCAAAAUGCAAGAAAUCUCGGAUGACCAUACAUUGACGCAAUUGGCUCAAGCUUGGGUGGCCUUAUCUUUGGGCACUGAACAAAUGCAAGAUGCUUUCCAUAUUUAUCAGGAAUUCUGUGAAAAAUACAAACCCACUCCUCUGUUAUUAAAUGGCCAGGCUGUUGUUCACUUGGGUUUGGAGAGAUAUGAAGAAGCUGAGGCUGUUCUGAGAGAAGCUUUAACCAAAAAGCAUAACGAUUAUGAUACUCUAAUCAAUAUGAUGGUGUUGUCUCAUUUAACUGGUAAAUCUGCAGAGAUUAUCCAUCGUUAUUGGACGCAAUUGAGAGAAUUCUAUCCUAAAAGUGAAUUUGUCAAGGAUUUCGAUAAGAAGAUAUCGGAAUUCGAUAAGCUAUCUUUGCAGUAUUCUUCAGAGGGAAACGUCAAAAUUAAUUUUUAAAACCACCACUUACCAUAUAUAAUUCCAUAACUACUUUAAUAUACUAAAUAAAAAAUAUAUAAUCUUCACUGUAAAACAA